AUGCAGUCACCUUGUAUGAAAGAGGUCUCAGAAGUCUGCCUUAGCAGCUGCUGCCCCGCCCCCUUGUUUAAGUUGUCGGCGCAUCACGAUGCCAUGUCCAAGUCCAGAAGCACUUCUGCAGCUUGCCGCCGUGACUUUGCAGCCACGACUUCAGCAUCCAUCUUCCCAAACACCCAGUUCACCAACCAUGAGUCUCUCCCGUCAUUGCAAGAGUCUUUCUCUGACUUCACCAAAGUUUAUCCUCGAUACCAGGAGACUGCCCAAGUGGACCAAAUAAGAGCUCAAGAAUACUACCAUCUCUCACAGUCAAACCACACCUGCCUUGACUAUAUUGGCAUCGGCCUCUUCUCCUCUUCCCAGCUGCACAAACAGGAAUCUUCUUCCCAACUGAAUUCAGAUUUCCCCUUCUUUAGUAUAUCCUACAAGACGGGGAAUCUGAAGACACAGCUACUUCAUGGCGGCCAAGAAUCAGAACUGGAAUCUGUAAUGAGAAAUAGAAUCAUGGAUUUUCUUAAUAUUUCUGCAAAUGAUUACAGCAUGGUUUUCACCGCCAACAGAACAUCAGCUUUUAAACUUGUGGCAGAAUCUUACCCGUACAAGACUAGUAGAAAGCUUCUGACAGUUUAUGACUACGAGAGUGAGGCAGUAGAAGGAUUGAUUAAUAGCUCAGAAAAGAGAGGAGCCAAAGUCAUGUCAGCAGAGUUUUCAUGGCCGAGGCUGAGGAUUCAGUCGGCGAAGUUGAGGAAGAUGGUUGUGAGUAAGAGGAAGAAGAAAAAGAAAAGGGGUCUUUUUGUCUUUCCAGUGCAUUCUAGGAUAACUGGUUCCAGAUAUCCUUAUGUAUGGAUGACCAUGGCUCAGGAAAAUGGGUGGCAUGUCUUAGUUGAUGCUUGUGCAUUGGGGCCAAAGGAUAUGGAUAGCUUUGGCCUCUCUCUCUUUCAACCAGAUUUCCUCAUUUCUUCUUUCUACAAGAUUUAUGGGGAAAACCCAUCUGGCUUUGCAUGUCUAUUUGUCAAGAAAUCUGCUAUUUCAUAUCUAGAAUCUUCUACAUGUACAGGAAUUGUAAAUCUUGUCCCAGCAAAGAAAUUGCUUCAGAUAGCAGGGGAUUCUUCUGGUACCGACACAGAGCUUGAACAGAUAUCUAGACUUGGCUUGCAACUAGAUGCAUUGGGCACAGCAAGUUCUUUCUCUGGUCUGAUAUCCAAUCACACAACACAGACAAGAAGAUUGGAAAGAGAAGGCUAUGAGAGUGCAGAAGAAGGUGCAAACCGGACAGGACUAGAAACUUCAGAGAUAUGGGAAUCAGAGACACAUGCCAAUUUAAUAAAGGAUAAAAAUUCCAGAAGCAGCAGAAAUGGGGACAGCCUAGAGGUUGUAUGCAGGGGCUUGGAUCAAGUGGAUUCACUGGGGCUAAUGAUGAUCACUAACAGGGCAAGGUACCUCAUCAAUUGGCUGGUGAGCUCACUGAGAAAGCUUAAACAUCCUAACACAGAGGGAUUUCCUUUGGUCAAAAUAUACGGGCCAAAGAUCAAAUUUGACAGGGGACCAGCUCUGGCAUUCAAUGUAUUUGAUUGGAAAGGAGAAAAGGUUGAGCCUGUCCUUGUACAGAAACUUGCUGAUAGAAACAAUAUUUCUCUUAGCUAUGGAUUCUUACAUCAUAUCUGGUUCUCGGAUAAGUAUGCAGAAGAGAAAGGGAGAAUCCUAGAGAGAAGAGAAGGUGGAGUGAAAGGAAUGGAUGCAAACAAGUUGAAGGCCAAAUCUGAUCUAGGAAUAUCCGUGGUUACAGCUGCACUUGGAUUCCUAGCCAGUUUUGAAGACACAUACAGGCUUUGGGCUUUUGUUGCACAGUUCCUGGAUGCAGACUUUGUGGAGAAGGAGAGAUGGAGAUAUACAGCUCUUAAUCAGAAAACCAUUGAAGUUUAA